GGAUUAAAUUAAUACAAUUUUUUUUUUUUUUUGUAGAGUUAAUGCAGUGAACAAAUACAGACAAAGGAGGACAGAUGCAAAGAACGAGAGCGCUGAAUAGAGCCAAAGAAGGAUAAAGGGCCCAGAAGGUUGAAUCACUGGACAAUGCUGCAUGCUUUGUGGACAGUGUGGGUUUUGGGGGCCGUAAUCAGCUUCUUCAAGGAAGGGGCCGCUGGUCAGCCUCAUUCUCUGUCUUGUGACCCCACUGGUAUCUGCGAUGGCCGCUCCAGAUCUUUAAACUCCAUCCCCUCAGGGCUCACGGCAGCUGUGAAAAGUCUUGACCUGUCCAACAACAGGAUCGCCCAUGUUGGGAACAGUGACCUGCGGAGGUGUGUGAACCUCAAGGCCCUGAGGCUGGGGGCCAAUGAAAUUAACACAAUAGAGGAUGACUCUUUUUUCUCCCUGGGGAGUCUCGAACAUUUGGACUUAUCCUAUAAUCGCUUAUCUAAUUUAUCCUCCUCCUGGUUCAGGUCCCUUUCUUCUUUGAAAUUCUUAAACUUACUGGGAAAUGCCUACAGAAUACUUGGGGAAACAUCUCUUUUUUCUCACCUCACGAAUUUGCGAAUCCUGAAAGUAGGACAUCCUGACUUCACUGAGAUUCAGGAAAAGGAUUUUGCUGGGCUAACUUUUCUUGAGGAACUUGAAAUUGAUGCUUCAAAUCUCCAGCGGUAUGAGCCCAAGAGUUUGAAGACAAUUCAGAACAUCAGUCAUCUGAUCCUUCGUAUGAAGCAGCCUGUUUUACUACCAGAGAUUUUUCUAGAUCUUUUAAGUUCCUCGGAAUAUUUGGAACUGAGAGAUACUCAUUUAAACACUUUCCGUUUUGCAGAAGUACCUGACGAUGAAACCAAUACAUUGAUUAAAAAGUUCACAUUUAGAAAUGUGGAAAUCACUGAUGAAAGUUUUAAUGAAGUUGUGAAACUGUUGAAUUACGUUUCUGGAGAGUUCGAAUUAGAGUUUGAUGACUGUACCCUUAACGGACUUGGUAAUUUUAGGAUACCCGAUAGGGACAAAAUUAAAAAUCUAGGUAGGUUAGAGACACUAACAAUACGGAAAUUGCGUAUUCCAAAGUUUUACUUAUUUUAUGAUCUGAGUACUAUUUAUUCACUUACAGGAAGAGUUAAAAGAAUCAUAAUAGAAAACAGUAAGGUUUUCCUGGUUCCUUGUUCACUUUCACAACAUUUAAAAUCAUUAGAAUAUUUGGAUCUCAGUGACAAUUUAAUGGUUGAGGAAUACUUGAAAAACUCAGCCUGUGAGCAUGCUUGGCCCUCCCUACAAACCUUAAUUUUAAGGCAAAAUCAUUUGACAUCGUUAGGAAAAACUGGAGAAACUUUGCUUACUCUGAAAAACCUGACUAAGCUUGACAUCAGCAAGAAUAGUUUUCAUCCUAUGCCUGAAACUUGUCAGUGGCCGGAAAAGAUGAAAUAUUUGAACUUAUCCAGCACAAGACUAAAUCGUUUAACCCAAUGCGUUCCCCAGACACUGGAAGUUUUAGAUAUUAGCAAUAACAAUCUCAAUUCAUUUUCUUUGUUUUUGCCACAACUCAAAGAACUUUAUAUUUCCAGAAAUAAGCUGAAGACUCUACCAGAUGCCUCCUCCUUACCCAUGUUACUAGUCAUGAGAAUCAGCAGAAAUACAAUAAAUACUUUCUCUAAGGAGCAACUUGAUUCUUUUCAGAAACUGAAGACUUUGGAAGCUGGCGGCAACAAUUUCAUUUGCUCCUGUGAAUUCCUGUCUUUCACUCAGAAGGAGCAAGCACUGGACCAGAUCCUGAUCGACUGGCCAGAAAACUACCUGUGUGACUCUCCAUCCCACGUGCGGGGCCAGCGGGUUCGGGACACUCGUCUCUCGGUCUCUGAAUGCCACAGGACAGCUCUGGUGUCUGCCGUGUGCUGUGCCCUUUUCCUGUUGAUCCUGCUCACUGGGGUUCUGUGCCACCAUUUCCAUGGCCUGUGGUACAUGAAAAUGAUGUGGGCCUGGCUCCAGGCCAAGAGGAAGCCCAGGAAAGCUCCCCAAAGGGAAAUCUGUUAUGACGCUUUUGUGUCUUAUAGUGAACGGGAUUCCUACUGGGUGGAGAACCUCCUGGUCCAGGAGCUGGAGCACUUCAACCCUCCCUUUAAGUUGUGUCUUCACAAGCGGGACUUUAUUCCUGGCAAAUGGAUUAUUGACAAUAUCAUUGACUCCAUCGAAAAGAGCCACAAAACGAUCUUUGUGCUUUCUGAAAACUUUGUGAAGAGUGAGUGGUGUAAGUACGAACUGGACUUCUCCCAUUUUCGUCUCUUUGAUGAGAACAAUGAUGCUGCCAUUCUCGUUCUUCUGGAGCCCAUUGAGAAAAAGGCCAUUCCCCAGCGUUUCUGUAAGCUGCGGAAGAUAAUGAACACCAAGACCUACCUGGAGUGGCCCACUGAUGAAGCUCAGCAGGAAGGGUUUUGGUUAAAUUUGAGAGCUGCCAUCAAGUCCUAGGUUCCUUCAGUAAAGGCCAGUCUUGUAAAGGCCAGUCUUGGUCUGGUGGUGGUCUUCAUAUCACUAGUUGUAACUAAGCCCAUUCUGACACAAUUAUAUGUAAACCACAUGAAUGUACUGCCAUUUGAGGCUUUGCUUACUAAAACUACUGAAACUGUUCAAAUUUGGUCUAGAGUGCUGUUUUAUAAAAACUGCUACCAGAUUGGAAAAAAAAUGGUUUUUGAUUUUUCUUUAUCCUAUGAGAUAAUCAAGAUCUAAGUCCAUGAUUGAUAUCUUAGUUGUCUGUAGCAAUUGCCUUAGUUCAUUAGGAAAUAGCACAAAUGAUCAGAAGAUUUCAGAUGAAUGUGUCCGUCAGCUUUCUGCAAGGAGAUGCAUCCGUGUCUAUAGAUGGCAUUCUCCAUCCCACCUAGCUGUGUGUGACUGCUGCUCUCAAGAGCAGCAAGGCAAAAUGUUUGGGUCACUCAGCCAAACUUGUUGUUAUUCCUAGAAAAAAGUGUUGUGUGUCCCCAUUAAACUUUACAAGAUACA